GGACAUUCCACACAUAUUCCACAGCCAUUGGAUUUGGAAAGAUAUGUCGCCAACGGAAAAUCUGCAAACCUGAAAAUUUACAUGUUUAACGGACACACCUGGGUGUGUGUAGUCAAAUCCAACUUUGCUUUUCUCACCCAGUAAUUAAACAUUAAAGAUUGAACUACAAAAAAGUCAACUCAUCGCAGCCUACAUACCAGGUAAAACAAUGAGACGAUAAAUUUUACAUUUAAAAUCUUCGGGAGCAAAAUAGAAUAAGAUGAGCUUUGAACUUAAAUGAGCACAAUAGUAUACUCAAUAUACUUCCUAGUAAACUGUAAUACCCUCAAGCAACGAAACUUUGCGGAUAAGGAAUCGAGUUCCACGCAAAAAUCCCCACAUCUUCUUUUAGAAAGUUACCAAACAAAAGAAGGGGCCGUCUUGAACGCCCACCAAAAAGGUAGGCAGUCUCUUGCUCGAUGCGAACGCAGCACGAAUGACUAUCAUGGCAUCUGUCUAACCUUCACGAGUUGGAUUUUUAACCUCAUAGGAUGUGCAAGUCUCAAAGAAAUGGACUGUUGUUAGUUUCCUUGUUGUUUUUUAUCCCAAUUCUUGCCGCAAGUGAACAUCGGUAUCACGGAUCAGACUAUCAAAUUACCGGCUUAUUAAAAUCCCUGCUCAACAUUACGUACAGACCGUGGCAAAAUCUGCUGGACAAAACACAACCAAAUUCAAAGAAAUCGAUUGAAGACAACCUGGAAACAACAGACUUGUCUGCACUGGCAGAACAGAAGAGGUCAAACAACUUUGAAUUACCAAGCAGGACUAUUGAAAGCUCAAUAGUUAAAAAUAAAGAUUUACAGGUAACACAUUUAUCAUCCUUUGUACGGAAGAACCGACAAGAAAACGGAUGCGUAUGCACACCAAAUCUAGCUUGUGGUUGUAAUUGUGCGACUACUUGUUUGGUGCUGGACUUUCAAUGUGGACAAACUUGUACUCACGUUACCGUUUACAACGCUGAGUAUCUUCAAGGACCUUAUAAUGAACCUCAAUUGUCAACAAGUGUAACAACCUACAACAACAACUGCAACGACGAUUGCUUCACCAGCGAUGUUACACCCGAUGCGCCCCAUGUGAUCACCGAUGCGCCCUAUGGGACCACCGGAGCGCCCCAUGUGAUCAACGAUCCGCCCUAUGGGACCACCGAUGCGCCCCAUUUGAUCACCGAUGCGCCCUAUGGGACCACCAAAGCGCCCCAUUUGAUCACCGAUGCGCCCUAUGGGACCACCGGAGCGCCCCAUGUGAUCAACGAUCCGCCCUAUGGGACCACCGAAGCGCCCCAUUUGAUCAACAACGACAACGUGACCAUCAACGUGUCUACCAAUGUGAGCACCGAUGCUACCGUGCCCAUCAUCAACAUAACCAACGUUGAGACCAGCAACGAUGGGACCAACGAUGGGGCCAGCGUUGGGACCAGCGUUGGGACCAGCGUUGGGACCAGCAACUCUGUGACGAACUAUGUACCUCCUGUAGCGAUAGUAGUAGGUGGUAUUGUAGCAAUAGCUCUAGCUGUUGCAAUUCCGCUCGGUAUUAAUCCACCGCCAGUUGAGUGUAUUCCACCCGAACUGUUUGUCGACUUUUCGGUUAUUGAAGAUAAGAUUCCUUUCAACAGUCAGCCAUUUUUUGAAAAAGACUUUCCUCCGGACGGAUGUGGAAAUAAUUCCGUGCGGAUGGAAAUUGGGAAUUCGAAUAGGAAUUUGGAUUGGAAUAGACCCAGUGAAGUAAAUUGCCAGCCGCUUAUGAGAAGAGGAAAUUGCCGCAGUCCACAAGAUUGGGUCACCGUAAAUCCCACUACAUUGAAGGGAAGUUGCACUCCACGUCUUUGCGGUCGAGGACGAGUGUUCGUCGGUCGUGAUGGACUUUGUCACGAUAUUUACGAUCCAGGCAAGUGCCAAGGUGGCCGGCGACUUUACUAUUCUCCUUUUGGAGAUCCCAUCUGCGAUUGUCCAAUCGGAGAAUAUCCUUUUCCGAACGCCGAAAACAAUUGCGUUGCACUUUUCACCCAAGGACCCUGCCGAGAUGGGAGUAUAGUGGGCAUUAGUUCACAGGGUCAAUUGGAGUGCAUGCCAUCCAAAUGUCAAUCAACCAACGUUGGAGAUAAAUCUCUACAGUUGCUGCCGGCCGAGGAUGGACAAUGCUACGCUCUAGGAACACAGGGUCCCUGUUCACCUCCCUCUUUGUUGGGUUAUGACAUCUUCAAACGCCAAAUGGAGUGUGUCAAUGUUCAAAAUGAUACCUCGCCCUAUUUCACUUCUCCUGAAGAAGAGGCACUGGUCGAUAGCAUCUACAACCAGCGCUCUCCGGACUUUGACGACUUCCGAAUUUCAAUGGUCUUUGAAAGUCCAGUAGGAACCAACGACAUCGGCCAGCGUAGGCAAGGUGCUACCACCGCUGGAAUAUUUCAAUUCCCUGGCUUUUCACCGGAAGCACUUUUGAAUCCAUGUCGACCUGGAGCUCGAACGGAGAUGAAUUAUAAAUGCACGAAUCCAUUAAUACCCAAGUCGAGAACAAAAAGGGAAACGUUGCAAGCUGUUCGGCCGGCAUUUCAGUGUACGCCAGAUAAAAAUUUGCAAGCAACGGGCAAGUGCGUGACCGAUAAUCGCAGCACGAAUUGUGGACCAUCUUUUCGGUUCAACCCUACUACCGGACAAUGCCGAAGUAUCUUCUAACGUAAGCGGAAUGUGGUUAGCUUUUUUCCAAACAGAUGUGAUUCAAACGCUGAGAGAAAAAAGAAUGCUUGGCGGAGUGUAAUCAAAACAGACGCUUUCAAUAAGAAUAAAAUUUAAAAAAAAAAAAAGUUAUUCCCCGAUCGUUCGACCUUAACAUCUACGCCGUACCUUGCCUCUCAAUGAAAUUGUGGAUAAUUUUGAUAUACCUCAAUGAAAAAUAAAUUGUUGAAUUACCAUUUA